AUGAGGUGCAGUUCGGUAACGUCCCUACAGUCGGACAGUAUCAAUGAUACAUCAACUUACGAUGCUUAUGCGACCAGUGAAAGUAAUCAUGAAAUUGAAGCAUGCACAUCAUCAAUACGUUCAAGUGCCAGCCCUCGAAGUCAGGAGGAACAUAUCUUUAUGGGUCCAUUUUCUGGUGAUAGUUACGAUGCACUGGAACAGGAGAAGAAGAAGCUGGAAAGAAAGAGAGCACGUAAUCGCUUGGCGGCAUCAAAAUGUAGGCAGAAGAAGUUGCAAAAAAUAAAUGAUCUCGAGAAACAGGUAGAAGAAGAAAAGCUCAGAGCGAAUCGUUUGAAUGAGGAUCUUAAACUUUUGGAGACAUCUAUUGCUCAGCUAAGGCAGUUGCUUCAAGCGCAUCAUAAUAAUGGUUGUCCUAUAUCUGCCAAAGUGAUCUCAACAUAA